AUCUACAACAUACAGCAAACAAACAGGAGAAAACGGACAUUUAUAUUUUCCUUUAUGACCUACUAGAGCUCCAUUGCUUUUCCAGAGCUAAGUUGUAACUAUAAAACACAUUUUUGUUUAGUUUUGUUGCUGAAAACAAAGAAGCACAGGAGAAAAACUAAAGAUCAUGUCUCUACUUUUGAAUUCGACGCUAUAGGAAGCCAAGAGAUUAAAUUAUAUGCGAAAAAUCAGCUGAUUCCCAUCACUGGGUGCAGACUUAAGAGGAUUAGGGAAGAGAAGAAAAGCGUGUGUUAAUCGUAUGAGCGCAGGAGCAGUGACUGUCCCACCAUGCCUCGGUCUUUCUUAGUGAAGAAAGUCAAACUGGAUGACUUCUCCGCUGCUGAACUGGAGACCUCCUACAGCCGGAGAGAGGAGCUCAGUCUGCGGUUCCACAAUCAUGACAAAGGUUACGUCAGUGAUUAUCUAAGUCCGAAUCCCUAUGAAGACGUGGUGGGAAGCGAUUCCUCAGUCAUCUCUAAAGUGCCCUCUCCCAGCCACUCGUCAAUCAUCUACGGCCACAUUAACAACACCUAUUCAGGUAUCCACAGCGACAUCCAUGGGGACUCGGACCAGCCGGACAGUCCGAGGUCUGAGGUCUCGUCCUCAGCCGGCGGAUACAUUAACGGAGACGCCGCCGUGAGCGAAGGAUACUCAGUAGACGCCUUUUUCAUCAUGGAUGGACGGUCACGAAGAAAAGCAGCGGCAAACCCACGAGGGGCCACCCAGAGGCACACAUGCAGCGAGUGCGGUAAAACCUACGCUACGUCCUCCAACCUGAGCCGACACAAGCAGACGCACAGAAGCAUCGACAGCAAGAUGGCCAAGAAGUGCCCGACGUGUGGGAAAGUGUACGUCUCCAUGCCCGCCAUGGCCAUGCACCUGCUCACCCACGACCUCAAGCACAAGUGCGACGUGUGCGGGAAAGCGUUCAGCCGACCGUGGCUGCUGCAGGGUCACAUGCGCUCUCACACCGGAGAGAAGCCCUUCGGCUGCGCGCACUGUGGGAAAGCCUUUGCCGACCGGUCGAACCUGCGUGCCCACAUGCAGACUCACUCAGCCUUCAAGCAUUACAAGUGCAAGCGGUGCAACAAGACGUUUGCACUCAAGAGUUACCUGAACAAGCACUACGAGUCUGCGUGCUUUAAGGGGGCUUUUUCCCCACUGAGCUCACUGAGUGAAUAAGAGUCUCUGAAAGCACAUCUAGGGUUUAUUUACUUCAUUUACAUCCGAUUUCUUCUGCUUUACUCCAAAAGAUUAACCAGAGCGCAACAAAGGAGGAGUUUUUUUUUUCUCGUUUCGCAAGCCUCUCAGUUAUUUUUAUUUGAAGGUUUAUUAAAAAGUUUGAGAGAACCUGAUAGGAUUUAUCCCCCAGUGAGGUAAACUAAAGCACAGCACAUCUGGUGCUUCCUACUUUGAGAUCUAUUUGUGUCCUUAUCAAUCCACGUCAGAUGUUUUUCUACCAACGAGGAAACGACACAAAAGCACAAUUGCUCUUCCACGUCUCUGUCUUUUCUCAGAAUUCAUGUGAUCAAGCACAGAAUCCACCGUCUGAGCAAAUUAUUUCCAGCUUUUUCAGGCACAAACAUUCAUAAUCUAAGGAUAAUUCUCGUGUCUUGUUUUCAGUGAAACUGAAGCUUACAAGAAAACGCAAAGGAAUCAGAAGAAUAACCAGUGUUCUGCUUUUUACGAUGAAAAAUAUGAACAAAAAUGAAACUCAUACAUUACGUAGAUUAAUUACACAUGGAGUGAUAUAUGUGAAGCAUUUUGAUGAUUAUAACUUGAAGUGAAUGAAAACCCAAAAUGAAUUUUCUCUUAUAAUUAACUAAAAGUGAUUUUUAAUGGGGAAAUGUAAGUUCUGGCCUUAAAAGUCCUGGUAGACUUUAUAGUUACACUUCAGACAAUCAUUGGCAUCUUCCAUAUGGAGAAUAAGCCAGAAAAAGUCACUGCACAAGAAGCUGAUUGUUCACAGAAUGAUGCAAGCAUCCAAAACUGAGUGGAAGGAAAACAUUUAGCAGAAAAUUGUGCACAAUGAUUUAAUUUGAGACGAAUCGGGUUCAUCAUAAUGAGCAGAAAUGAGAAUUUGAAAUUCACUAUAUUCAGAAAAACAUUUGAAUUCAGGUGUUCCAGCAACGUCCAUGGCCAGAGGUGUAUGAAAUCAACAAAUUAGUGUAUACUGUUCUCUGUGUAAUACAUCUACACAUUAUAUGAGUUUCACUUUUUAAAUUGAAUUGCUAGGAACAACUUUAAGUCCAUUAAUUGAGCCACAGUAUCUAUAAUAUUCUCUUACACCUCAACAUGAUUUCAUCCCUGGUGAAUCUUUGAACCACAAUGAAUUGUGAAAACAAGCAAGUCCAACUUUUCCCACAAAUGCAUUGAAAAUAUAGAAGUGACAGGUAAAAAACGUGAAGUUCUUUUUAAUGUUUAACACCAAUUGGCUUCUGAAUAAUAGUAAAAUGAUCCUCUAGUUAAAUAUUAGCACAAAACACAAACUGAGCCAUCAGGCUGCUCCACAAUGAUCUAACGUUUAUAUGUUUUUUCAUUAUUAUUUAUUUGUCUUUGUUCAAAAGGAAUGUGGACGUUAAAAAUGCCUGCUAUUCCUUUAAUAAGGUUAUAAACCAGUGUUAUAAAAUAAUUUUUUUCAUGUUUAUUUAUUUAUUUAUUUAUUUAUUUAUUUAUUUAUUUAUUUAUUUAUCUUGUAUUAUUUUGCACUUUAUUGCAGUAUUUUGCCUUUGUUACAAAUAUGCCAAAGCAUUUGACACUUUGUAAACUUUGAGUAUCUUUUUUAUGUUUGCCACUUUAAGUAUCCAAAACCUUUGCAUGCAAAAAAAAAGAAAA